AAGGCGGAAGUUAAUUUUAUUCUGGCGCUUUCUGAGAAGGCAUUGUCAGUUUAGAGAAGUUGUUGAUCAAACCUCUCUGACCCUGAAUAACAAAUACGUUUGUUAGAAAUCGUUGUAUGCAACAUAAAAAUGCAGCAAGAAGGCAAAGCAGUUCAAGAACAUGAACAAGACUUUUCAGAGCCGUGGGAACAGAGCGAUGUUGUUCUACUGGUGGAAGGACAGAAAAUCCAUGUCCAUCGUCUCAUGUUGUCGAUGUGUUCUCCAGUUUUCUCUCGAAUGUUCUCCGCUGAAUUUAAAGAGAAAGAUGCCGAGGAGAUCCCGCUACCCGGUAAGAAAGCUGCUGAAAUAAGAGAGAUGUUGCUGGUUAGUUAUCCGAGUUUCUGCAAACGAGUGACAGACAACAACUUAGAUUUCUUGUUGCCUCUUGCUCGAGAAUAUCAAAUGACAGUACUCACACAAAAAUGUGAAGAUUAUCUUCUGUGGGGAAUGGAAAAGAAGAACGAAAUCAGCUCCAUUAUGGAAACCCUAAUCGUCGCCCAAAAUUUUUCCUUGGAAAGACUGAAAACUGAUUGCAUCAAGAAAACGCAAAAUCUUUCCACGGAAGAUAUAAAGAGCCACGAGUUGUACGAUCAAAUCGAGCCUCUUUCUCAGAGGAGGAUGGUUGAAUUGCAAAUGGAUAACAUGGAGAAAAAGCUCAGUGAAGCUAAAGCCGAGCUAGAGAAAUCCAACGCGGAGAUUUCAAAGUUACAAGGAAAGAUUAAAGAGAUGAAAAAAUUGGCUUCCGAAGGUUUGGAGUUCGUCGGAUCAAUUGCUACCAACCUUGGAAAUCACAUUCGUCACGCCAUGCAAAUGAAUUCGAGGUUUCAAGACUUUGCGAUGACCAAGGAGCAACAUUUGAAAACCAUUCAGAACGACACCAGCAGUCGUGCUACAUUCAACGGUCGGGAUAAAGUUUGUCUAUCGUUAAAUGGGACAUAUUCUCCUCUAGUAAAUCUCCACUAUAAGCUUUUGGCAAUUACAAAAGAGUUCAAAUAGAUGCUAAGAAAAAUAUCUAUGUUUAAAUAUUUCGUCGAUAAAUUUGGCAUAUCUUGUUAGGGCGUUUCUGCUACUACUACGUAACGUAAAUUGUAUUUCCAGACAUCAGUUCAAAGCAAGAUUGGAAUUAUUUGAGAUUCCACUGAAGUAGCUGCUUGCAGAUUCAUGAUACAGGUCUUUUUAGAUAGCAAAAAGUUUACUCCAUCCCGUUAUUAAGUAUAGCAAGUCUUGUUAUCGUGUCGAUCUCUGUCGCUGCUUAGUAACCUAAAUUGUGUUUUUGAGCAAGAGUGGAAUCAUUGAUUUCUUGGCUCCAGUUCUAGAUGCAGAUUUCAAUAUCUAGUUUUAUGUUCCUAUUGUUGGUAACAACAGGGUUGACUGUAAGCUUUCAGGAGUCUUCUUGACAUGAUGUGGUAAAUUACUUCACUAUUUAACAAUACACGGAAAACAAUCGUUCUUCAUUACCUCUGUCAUAAAAAAGCGUGUGCAUCAUUGAACAAACCUCUGCUAUAACUGGCAGCUGUAUGUGACUUCCAAUGAUUAGUAAAUAAUGAUAAUAGAAUUAUCACACUUAACAAAACCAAAAAACACUGCUAUUGCAAUACUGAGGUCAUCUGCUGAAGCGAAAGGCCAAGGCAGAUAACACAGUCAUGAGGUUUGAUAAUUCAUGAUAUCAAGCAAAAACCAAAUUCGAUAAUUGUUCUAUAAUAGGUUUUUUAAAAACGUUCAGCCAUAUUGAGUUCUCUAUGAGUUUAAUUCGUAAACGUUUGAGAACUCUACACGGACAAGGGGCAUGAAAACUAAGGAGACAUUGAACUCUACAUGAUAAACAUAAUAUUCGCAGCAGAUACUGGAUUAUCGAUCAUGUCCACUUCACACAUUAUUGUAUAUUGAUUGAAUGUUCUCGACCGAUCGGAUUUUUUUUAUAGUUAGUCUAAUGUAUAAUAACACUUAUUAUCUACCCCUAGAAAAAUUCGGAACGAUGGCUUGGAGCUGUUCAGACAGUCUCAGACUUGCAAACGUGACCUUUGCCAACAUCUAACGAGUUACAUACCUCACGUAUCCAAGUCCAAAUUGUUUGAAACGGUCUGAAAUAUCAACCUUUGUCUGGCAAUAUAUGUGUUUGGCACUGAAAUAAGAAAGAAGCGCUCCGUGACGUAUGGUGUCUGACAACAUGUGUUUGGCACUAACAUUAGGAAGAAGCUCACCAUGAUCCCUUUACACAAUAUGAGCACGUAGUUCUUUUUAGUUCAUUAAGAGCGACAUGGUGUCUUGUUCAAAACGAGUAAAUAAAAAUUCAA